GCUUGUGAAUUCAGACACAUGGUGUCACUCUUGCCUACAAAAUCUCUUCAAGGAAACCUAAGGAGAUUUGCUGCCCUGCCCUCAGAUGGAAAGCAAAUGAUUUGACGCAAGAAUCCGGAGGAAAACCCCAGAUACCAUCAAAAUAUAACAGAACAAAGCAGAUUCCACCUUUUCAAGAGCAAUUUUCAUUAACCAAAGGAUGAAUUCAUAGCAUCAGGAAACCUCACAUUCUGGCCAUCAUUCUAAGAAACCACAGCUCAAUGGAGACGGGGAGAAGGCAGAUGCUGCAGCUGAUUUUGCUUCCCACAGUCUGGUUGAUGGGGAGCGGCCAGCUCCAUUAUUCUGUGCCUGAAGAAUCCCAGCAUGGCACCUUUGUGGGCCGCAUUGCCCAGGACCUGGGGCUGGAGGUGGAGGAGCUGGUGCCUCGGAUGUUCCGGAUGGUUUCCAAAGGACAGGAGGACUAUUUUGAGGUAAAUGUUCAGAAUGGUGUUUUGUUUGUGAAUUCCCGAAUUGACAGGGAGCAGCUGUGUGCUCAGAGUCCCAUUUGCAUCAUUCAUCUAGAGAUGAUUGUGGACAAGCCUCUCAGGAUCUUCCAUGCGGAGGUGGAGAUCAGGGACAUAAAUGACAAUGCCCCCAUUUUCCCAGUAAAUGAACACCAGCUAUUUAUUUUGGAAUCUAGGCUGCUGGGCUCCUAUUUUCCACUAGAGGGAGCUUCAGAUGCCGAUAUUGGUUCAAAUGGUCUGCUUACCUACAUCCUUAGUCCAAAUGAUUAUUUUCAGCUACGUGAAGAAAAGCAUGGAGAUCUCAGUAAAUCUUUAGCACUCGUGCUAUACAAUGCCCUGGAUCGAGAAAAAAUCUCUGUACAUCAUUUAUUACUUACUGCCACUGAUGGGGGACAACCAGAGCUAACUGGUUCGGUGCAGCUGAAGAUAACUGUACUAGAUGUAAAUGAUAAUGUACCAAUGUUUAACCAGUCUGUGUAUGAGGUGCAUCUGCUGGAAAACGUCACAGAGGGAACACCAGUCAUCACUUUGGCUGCUUAUGACUUGGAUGAAGGAACGAAUAAAGAAAUACUGUAUUCAUUUAGCAAUAUGAUGCCUGCCCAUUUAAGGCAGUCUUUUUCCAUAGAUUCCAACACCGGUGAAAUCAAAACCAAAGGAAAGAUAGACUUUGAAGAUAUUAACUUAUUUGAAUUGCAAGUGGAAGCUGCUGAUCAAGGGUCCUACUCUUUGGUCGGACACUGCAAAGUUCUGAUCCAGGUUUUGGAUGUGAAUGACAAUGCUCCAGAACUGUCUGUGACAUCCAUGUCUGUGCCGGUGCCAGAGGACUCCCCACUGGGGACAGUGGUGGCCCUGAUGAGUAUAUCGGACAGCGAUGCAGGCAUCAAUGCUCAAGUUAGUUGCUCCCUGUGGCCACAUGGACUUCCCUUCAGGCUGAUAUCCACCUUUAAGAAUUACUACUCACUGGUGCUGGCUGAAUCCCUGGACCGCGAGGAGGUGGCUGAAUACAGGCUGGUGGUGACAGUCCAAGACCAAGGGACUCCAUCACUGUCAGCUAGCAGCAGCCUUGUGGUGCCCAUCGGUGAUGUGAAUGACAAUGCACCUGCUUUCCCUCAGCCCUCCUACACGGUCUUUGUGAAGGAGAACAACCCACCGGGUGCUCACAUCUUCACCGUGUCUGCCUCAGACCCAGAUGUGGCUGAAAACGCCCUGGUCAGCUACUGGCUGGAUGAGAAGCUCUGGCCCCUGUCGAGCUACAUCUCGGUACACUCAGAAAGUGGGAAGCUCUAUGCUCUUCAGCCCUUGGAUUAUGAAGAGGUGAAGCUGCUGGAGUUCCAAGUGAGGGCCAAGGAUGCUGGGCUGCCCUCCCUGUGUGGCAAUGUGACGGUGCAAGUCUUUGUGGUGGAUGAGAAUGAUAAUGCACCUGAAGUUUCUAAGGCAGCAGAGGCCCCCAUCCUGCUGGUAGUUCCUGUUACUGCAGGACACAUGGUGGGCAAGAUCCGUGCCCUGGAUGCUGACUCAGGCUACAAUGCCUGGUUGCACUAUGAGCUGCAUGAAGGAAGUAGUAGCUCCUGGCAUGUGGGACUGUACAGUGGUGAGAUUAGUACUACACAUGCACUGGAUGAGACAGAAGGGGUAGGCAAUAGCAUGCUUCUGUUGGUGCUGGUGAAGGACCAUGGCAAGCCUGUACUGUCAACCACAGCUACGUUGAGUAUUUCCCUGGUAGCAAGUACCCAGGCUGCUCAAGCUGAUGCCCACCUCUCCAGAAUGGGAGGGAGCCUAACGCCCCUGGUGGACACUACAAACAUUUACCUGAUCAUUGCCAUCUGCUCAGUGUCCAGCUUGUUCCUGCUUGCCAUCGUUGUGUAUGUGGCUCUGCGAUGCCAGUCUCAGCUCGAGGACGGUGCCAGGUAUGGUCCUGGCACAGCCACACUAGUGUGCGCCAGUGAAGUGGGUAGCUGGUCAUAUUCACAACGUCAUAGUCGCAACCUGGGAUGUGUGGCUGGGGAAGCUGGUACCAAGAAUGACCUCAUGGUUUUCAGUCCCAAUAUUCCUGUCUUUGCUGUGAACACAGGAGUAGGAAAUGCAAAGGAGCUUGUUCCAAAUUUAUCUGGAGAGGUGAGUCAUAUGGAAGCCUUAAGAAUCCUUGUAACUGAUGCUCUUGUAUUCCUUUCUGGUUUGAAUACAUGGCAUUAUACUGUAGGACACCAUAUAGAGAGACAAUGGGGCUUAAUUGAUCUGUGCACUUAUAGAUAUUUACCUGUUCUCUUUCUUAAUUGAAUUUCUUGCCUGUCCUUCCACCCAGGCUCAAGACAGGUACAAUUUUGCUUACAAUAAAAAAGUAUAGAAGUAUAAAAUGUAUAAAAAAGUAUAAAAUUCAUUUCAUGCUUACAAUAUUUGAUGGGCCUCCAGUGAUAAUAUUACAGUGCAGUAGAAUGUGUGGGGGUGGAAUUCACUCUUCCCUUACUUUGAGAAGUGAUGGAAUCUGUCAAGUUGACGUCCUAGCUGUUUGAAGCUUUCCCUGAGGAGAAGGUAUUUUGGAUAUGAAGGCUUAACUCUCUUUAAUUGUGAUGCAGAGUUGCAGGAAACGGUGUAGGAAGCUUGGUAUUCUAUGAUGUACCCUAGUCUCUAGGCAGCUCUGACAUGCAUGUGUUUCAAAUUGCUAUUACUGUGGAAAUCCCUGACUUUUCUAUAAACUCUGGUCAAGUUUUCAAGGGAUAUGCUGCAUUAACAACUAGUCAUUACCGACACCUUACAAACUAUUUGGCGGGACCUACUAUUGGGUAGGAUCAUGAUGAUGGCAUAACAGCAACAAUCUUAGAAGAGGGGGCCAGAUGUCCAUUCAGCCACAAAUUGCACAAGGUAGCCUAGGCCCACUCAUUAUCAUUCAGCCUAAUCUGUAUGAUACAGGUGAUACAACCAUAUGUAUUACGACCUGAGCUUCAAGAUUCCAGUGUGAUAAG